AAUCAGAAUUUAAAAUCUUCAGACCAAUGAGCUGGAUUUUUAUCGGGGCGGCUACCGCUGCGGCAGUGGUGGCAGCACUGGCUGCCAGGCCACGGGACCCGCAAUUCCAUGUCAUCUCCAUGGAAUUCACUUCCUUCAAGCUUAAUUUCCCUUUGCUAGACGCUGAGCUCAUACUUACUAUUAAAGUCACAAAUCCUAAUGUAACUUCCAUUAGCUACUCCUCGACGGAAAUGUCGAUAUUCUAUGACGGAGACCUCCUUGGCACUGCAACUGUAGAAGCCGGCUCACAACCCUCGCGUUCCUCCCAGGUCCUCCGUGUUCCUGCGAGGCUAAGCGGGGUACAAUUGGCUCAUCACGGCAAGGAAUUUGUUGCCAAUAUAUUGAAACGAGAGAUGGUUCUUGAUGCUACAGUGGAUAUAGAAGGAUUUGCUAAGGUGAUGUGGUGGGACCAUAAGUUCCGUGUGCACGUGGAUAGUCGCGUGACUGUCGACCCAGUUUUUCUUGACGUUAUUGACCAGGAAAAUAAGUCAGCUUUGGAUCUCUUCGUUAGUUGACAACCAGCGGUUCUUCUGGUCAGUGUAUUGUAUUUGUUUAAUUUGUACUAUUAUGACUAAUGUUUUUUAUAUCACGUGGUUAAUUAUAUUAUUUAAGCUCUAUCGUUGCAAUUCA